AUGGCCGUGUCCGUGGCUGGGAUGCUGCGAGGAGGUCUCCUGCCCCAGGCGGGCCGGCUGCCCACCCUCCAGACUGUCCGCUAUGGUUCCAAGGCUGUUACCCGCCACCAUCGUGUGAUGCACUUUGAGCGGCAGAAGCUUAUGGCUCUGACUGAAUAUAUACCGCCCAAACCUGUCAUCAACCCAAGAUGCCUGUCACCUCCACCCAGCCCUCCCCAGGAGGAGACAGGCCUCAUCCGGCUGCUCCGACGGGAGAUAGCAGCUGUUUUCCAUGACAACCGAAUGAUCGCCGUCUGCCAGAAUGUGGCUUUGAGUGCAGAGGACAAGCUCCUUUUAAGGCACCAGCUGCGGAAACACAAGAUCUUGAUGAAGAUCUUCCCCAGCCAGGUUCUGAAGCCCUACCUGGAGAAAUCCAAGUACCAGAACCUGCUGCCCCUGUUUGUGGGGCACAAUAUGCUGCUGGUCAGUGCAGAGCCCAAAGUCAAGGAGAUGGUUCGGAUCUUGAAGAGUGUGCCUUUCCUGCCACUGCUAGGUGGCUGCAUUGAUGACACCAUCCUCAGCAGACAGGGCUUCAUCAACUACUCCAAGCUUCCCAGCCUGGCCGCGGUGCAGGGGGAGCUGGUAGGAGGACUCAGCCUCCUGAUGGCCCAGACUCACUCUCUGCUUCAGCACCAGCCCCACCAGCUGAUUGCCUUGUUGGAUCAGUACGUCAGACAGCAACGUGAAGGGAACUCCAUCGAACCGGCUAAUGGGAAGCUGGACCUUCCUGACUCUGUUCCGGAUUCAUAG